UAUGGCCCCUUUUAAGGCUUAUAAGUCGUUGGUCCAGCUGCAGCACAAAGAAGGGACCUUAUUUGAAGUGGUCGGAGACUCCAGCACGCUGCCCAAGUGGUUCUAUAUCGAGCAUCUGGAUGAUCCAGUAGCAGUGUAUGUAAAACCUUGGCUCGUGGAAGCGAUGUUUGGCAAGGACGGAGAGUACAUCACACAUGUUGAGUGCACGUCACGUACCUUGCUUAAAGUGACCCAUUGGCGUCCUGAAGAGGAUGCAGAGAUUUUGAUAUUCGGGCCUCCUUUUUAUCAAAAGGACGUUUCACAGAUGAUCUCCAACUUGGUUAAUUAUUUCUGCCGGCAAAUGUCGCAAGUGAAGAUAGCGCACCUCCAGGACCCCUCCUGGACUAGAUUUACCUCAUCAGGUUCCCCAGAAGCAAAAACAACAAGCUGCAGUGGACCCAGUGGCAGCACAACCUUAGUUCCAGCAUUAGUGAGGCAGAGGCUGGCAGACGGGGGAGGCCUGGGGCCGUUCGCUGAUGCACUGUAUCUGCCACCCCACCCUUUCGCCGCUGACGCCGCCCUGAGCAUGUUGGCCAACUGCACCAGCACCACGGCGGUGGUGGUGGUGCAGCUCAGCGCCAGCAAAACCAAGACCAAGAAGCGUUUCGUGUGCCAAAAAGUGAAGCUAUUCCGGGCCAUGACAGCCAAGGCAGGUGUGGCAACCCGUUCCCUCAUCACCUAUGACCGGCGUUUUGUCAUCAAGAUGGUGUCGAGUGAGGACAUGGCCGAGAUGCACAACAUCUUAAAGAGAUACCACCAGUUCACAGUGGAGUGUUAUGGCAAUACCCUCCUGCCACAGUUCCUGGGCAUGUACCGCCUGACUGUGGACGGCGUGGAGGCCUACAUGGUGGUCACCAGGAAUGUGUUCAGUCAUCGGCUUACCGUACAUCGCAAAUACAACCUCAAGGGUUCUACUGUUGCCCGAGAAGCCAGUGGCAAGGAAAAGGCCACGGAUUUGCCAACAUUCAAAGAUAAUGACUUCACCAAUGAAGGGCAGAAGCUGCCACGUGGGAGAAGAGACAAGUGCGUCGACCCCGCGAGAGGAGGCCGGACGCCUCCAACAGCUGUUUUGGUCUCUCCUAGACAGACUUUUGAAUUUCCUGGAGUAUUGGGCAUAGUUUCCCUCCGUGUUUCCACCUUGGGUUCAAGUGAAAUACUGUAUCCACUUCUCCAUGCUGCCCUCGUGGAAGAACAAGCAUCUCGGACCAGAGUCAGAGGCCUCAGGGGGGAACAGGUUCAUCUUUAUGAGAUGAGAAAGCCUGUCCGGUGGCUGUGGCCCCAGGCCUGUGGCACCUCUAUCCAGCUGCCUCAACUUCUGAUUGAAUGUGCCAAAAAGUGGGAGCCACCUCACCCUCAUGUUCCUGUUCCCUGCUCAGGCAAGGACGGAGAGUACAUCACACAUGUCGAGUGCACGUCACGUACCUUGCUUAAAGUGACCCAUUGGCGUCCUGAAGAGGAUGCAGAGAUUUUGAUAUUCGGGCCUCCUUAUUAUCAAGAUGACGUUUCCCAGAUGAUUUCCAACUUGGUUAAUUAUUUCCGCCCGCGAAUGAUACAAGAGGACCUUUCUCAAAAGGAUGAGACCCAGUGUCUUCCUGUGGGGAAGGUCCACGAGGCUGCCAGCCGGCUGUCUCCUGUGGGAAAGGUUCAUGAGGCUGCCAGCCGGCUGUCUCCUGUGGGGAAUGUCCACGAGGCUGCCACCCGGCUGUCUCCUGUGGGGAAGGUCCAUGAGGCUGCUACUCAGCAGGUUCCCGUGGAGAUUGCAGAUGCCGCCACCCAGCUGUCUCCCGUGGAGGUUGCUGAUGCCGCCACUCAGCUGUCUCCCGUGGAGGUUGCUGAUGCCGCCACCCAGCUGUCUCCCGUGGAGGUCCAUGAGGCAGCUACUCAUCUGUCUCCCAUAAAGGUCCAUGAUGCUGCCACCCAGCUGUCUCCCGCGGAGGUCCAUGAGGCUGCCACCCAGCAGGCUCCUGUGGAGGUCGCUGAGGCUGCCACCCAGCUGUCUCCCGUGGAGGUCGCUGAGGCUGCCACCCAGCUGUCUCCCGUGGAGGUCGCUGAGGCUGCCACCCAGCUGUCUCCCGUGGAGGUCGCUGAGGCUGCUACCCAGCUGUCUCCUGUGGAGGUACAUGAGGCUUCCACCCAGCUGUCUCCCGUGGAGGUUGGUGAUGCUGCUACCCAGCUGUCUCCUCUAGAUGUCGCUGAGGCUUCCAUCCAACUGUCUCCUGUGGAGGCUAGUGAAGCUGUCACUGAGCAUCCUUCAGGGGCUGUUCAUUGGGAUGUCAUUCAGGAGGCUGCUACUCAACAGCAUUCUGUAAAGGCCUCUGAGGCUCUGCCCCAGAAGUUUCCUGAGGUUGUUCUUGAAGGGGGGGAUCCAGAGUUCUCCAGUGGAGCGCCAUGAGAUGAGCCCAGCAGUCUCUGGAUGUGCCAGUAUUGAGCCUCCAGGCUGCCUGGAAACCAGUUGCCAGGUUAUAAGGGUGACUCACAUGUUGAACUAGAAUAAAUGUACAUAUCAGUAAUCCCUUUCUGGAGGCAAAGACGGGGGACUCUAAUUCUAGGCUAGCCUGAAAUGAAUGAGGCAGUGAUCUUUAUUUAACCCCUGCCUAAGUCUCCAGACAUCAUCUUGGUUCUUUUUCACCUUUGAAGUUGAAAGAAUGGAAUAAGACUUUUUGU